GGUAAAUUCGAUAUACAUAUCCCUUGAAUAUAUUUGUUUCACUCCCCUUUGUAAAUGGUACUUUUUGAUGUCUUUUCAAGAAAUUCAGUUUCAAAAGUGGGAAUAUCUUGGUCAUUCUGUCAAGCAUGGAAAACUGUUGUCAGAAUUGUGUUAUCUUAAAGCAGAUAUUGAACAGAAGGGCAAUUUACGUGUAAUUUUCUCGGACAGAUGUAGCCUUGGCAAAGGAAGCAAUGAAACCUGUGUCUUUCUUGGACUGACAAAGGAUGGUUACGGCAAAGCAGUAAAACGAAUACGUAGAAAUAACUACCUACAGCCCGCACAGGACGAAAAAAAAAUUUUAAAUGAAUUCAAUGCAAGGGAGUCGAAAUAUGUUGUGAAUUAUUACUUCUUAGAGGAAGAUACUGGAACGGACUAUGUUUAUUUAGUAUUAGACUUAUGCGAAGAAUCAUUGAAGAAGUUUGUGGAAGAGUCUACCAUAGAAAAUCUUCAAAAAGCUCUUCCUGAUGUUCUUAGACAAAUUUUAAAUGGAUUAGCUGAUCUUCAUACUGACCCAAAUCCUAUUCUUCAUCGCGAUUUGAAGCCUUCCAAUGUUCUCCGAGACUCGCAUGGCAAAUUUUUGAUCGCGGACUUUGGAAUUAGUCGAAUAUUGAAUGAUGAAAAUAGCACAUAUGUAAGCAAAGCUAACACUGGAACUGAGUAUUGGAUUGCUCCUGAGUCAUAUCGGGAAGAUAUAGACACAGAAGAUAAAGGACGUUACAAAAAAGAAUCUGAUGUAUAUAAUGCCGGAAUGGUGACUUAUUAUGUUGCAACACAAGGGCAACAUCCUUUUGGAGUGAAACGCUAUAGAUUGGACAACAUGUUGAAAGGAAACCCUGUUGGCUUGGAUGAAAUCAAGAAUAAAACGCUGAAAGACCUUUUGACGUGGAUGUUAAAUCGUUUGCCAGAAGACAGGCCAUCUGCCAACGAGGCGUUGAAACACCCAUUUUUUAUGUCAGAUGACGAGAAAUUUGAAAUGCUAUGUAAAGUUGGGAACCAACUGGCAAUUAAGACAAAUGAUACCCAGUCAAGUGUGGUCUAUCAAUUAAAUAAUGAAUCUUCAGACUGGAGAAGUCAAAUUGAUAGUGAUGUAUAUGCUUAUUUUACAACAGAUGAGGUGAAUGGAAAAAUUUGUAGGUACGGAUCCGCUUGGACAGAAUGCUUGAGACUUAUUCGAAACCUUGGGCAGCACUGGAACGAUCGACCUCGGCCUAGACCACAACCAUUUUAUAAGAUUGGCGAUCACAAGUUGUAUUUUCUCAAAACUUUCCCUGAUCUCCCUGUUCGGGUGCAUGCAGCUAUCAGGUCAAAUAAAAAAUUAAAAAACAAUUCAGAACUUAAAGAAUGUAAUGUCAACAUUGAUGAAGAUGUAAAAUCACCUCACGAUAAUAAGAAUCAGCGAAAAGAUAAAGGUACAAAACUUUUGCCAGUUACUGUCAACAUUGGUGAAGAUCAAGAAUCACCUCACGAAAAUAAGAAUCAGCAAACAGAUAAAGGUACAGAACUAUUACAAGAUAAUGCCAACAUUGGUGAAGAUCAAAAAUUAGCUCAUGAAAAUCAGAAUCAGCAAACAGGUAAGGUUACAGAACUAUCGCAAGAUAAUGCCAACAUUGGUGAAGAUCAAAAAUUAGCUCAUGAAAAUCAGAAUCAGCAAACAGGUAAGGUUACAGAACUAUCGCAAGAUAAUGCCAACAUUGGUGAAGAUCAAAAAUUAGCUCAUGAAAAUCAGAAUCAGCAAACAGGUAAAGUUACAGAACUAUCGCAGGAUAAUGCCAACAUUGGUGAAGAUCAAAAAUUAGCUCAUGAAAAUCAGAAUCAGCAAACAGAUAAAGUUGCAGAACUAUCACAAGAUAAUGUCAACAUUGGUGAAGAUAAAAAAUUAGCUCAUAAAAAUCAGAAUCAGCAAACAGGUAAGGUUACAGAACUAUCGCAAGAUAAUGCCAACAUUGGUGAAGAUCAAAAAUUAGCUCAUGAAAAUCAGAAUCAGCAAACAGGUAAAGUUACAGAACUAUCGCAAGAUAAUGCCAACAUUGGUGAAGAUCAAAAAUUAGCUCAUGAAAAUCAGAAUCAGCAAACAGAUAAAGUUGCAGAACUAUCACAAGAUAAUGCCAACAUUGAUGAAGAUCAAAAAUUAGCUCAUGAAAAUCAGAAUCAGCAAACAGAUAAAGUUGCAGAACUAUCAUAAGAUAAUGCCAAAAUUGGUGAAGAUCAAAAAUUAGCUCAUGAAAAUCAGAAUCAGCAAACAGAUAAAGUUGUAGAACUAUUACAAGAUAAUGUCAACAUUGGUGAAGAUCAAAAAUUAGCUCAUCAAAAUAAGAAUCAGCAAACGGAUAAAGGUACAGAACUUUUGCCAGUUAAUGUCAACAUUGGGGAAGAU